AGCCCCUAAAUUGAAACAAUGCGAAAAGGAACCUUGCUACUUGUCAUCGUUACUCCAGUCUUGACCGAAAAGUUGCGUAAGCGAUGCGAAAUUUUUUAGUAACUUUUGGACUCAACAUUAUUUAUUCUCUUCAUUCCUUACUUUUUUUUAUUUGUAAUUGAAGGUUUUAUGAAAUUCUCUGAAAAUUGAGCUUUGUCUGAGCCAAUUUCAUUUCCAUUUUGCCUUUUCUUUUUUGCGAUUGUGAGCAUUUGUAGAAUUUUUUCUUCAUUACGGAUCAAUAGCUUUUUUCACUCUGAUUUGCAAAGUCAAUUAUAUUUAGAAAUGGCCGAAGAGAAGAUGAAAUUGGAUUCAAGCGAUCCUCCUGCGCACAAUCAAUCGAAUGUUUACAAUGUUGAUUUAGAGAAGGGUCUUUGUUUGGAUACACAACAGGACAUCAACAAAUCGUCCUAUCCAUCUUCCUUCAAUUCUAACAAUAGCAAGAAAACGAUCGUGAAUAGAUUCCAAAACAGCUUGAUAAAGAAAAGCUAUGAUGAAGCGUUAAAACAAUUAUCCCACCGCUUUCCUGAUAAUCUUGUCUUGAAAAAUCGAAACUACCGUGAACCGUUAACAUCAUUCUUCUCGUUGAUGUGUACAUUAGCAAUUUCAUACAUUCUCAAACUUCUUUCUUGGCUGAAACAAGUAUAUUUGGAAGCUGGUUGCAGUUGGGCCCUUUUUGGACCUAUAGGCCUUAUGUUUAUGUUAUUCGCAAUCCUAAAUGGUUGUUUCUUUAACUUUCCUUUACUCACUGUCAGAAUAACAAGAACUUUUGCACACGUUAUAAUAGGUGUUUCAGUCGUAAUUGCAGUCUUAGUUGGAUGUGUCGGAGCUGCUGGAGUUUCUGUUGUUAGUCUUGUGUGCUGGGGAUUUUAUAACAUUCUUGUUUUUGGCCUUGGACUGAAACUUGAGCGCUCAGCUGAAAACAUUGGCUCGCCUACGCUGCCCAGACAUCAACAAAGGGACGACACAGUGGCACCUCUGUCGACGACGACCAGGAAUGAAGAAAUCGAGCGUCAGAACAAUCCUACCACUCAAAGUUAACACUACGUUGUUUACCUUUCUUAUUAUUAUUACUGUUAUUAAAAAUCGCAAUUGAAUACGAUUAUUUCAUUUCUUUUCA